AUGAGCAUGACGAGCAACCCGCAGAAAGACAUGUACGACUAUACUUACGAUGACAGCGCCAGGAUACGGGGAUUAGCCUUGACGAUGAGACGCCAUCUCAGCAUGGCACUUACCUCGUGUCCGGACGCACCUUCGCGCUCUCUUCAAUCAAUCGCGCCGGACGAAAUACAGCGGCUCCUAGUGGCCCUCGCGCUGCUCGUCAUCCUUGGCAUCGUCGCGGCCUUUGUUGUCGCAUUCGCGGGGUUGCUUCUCCUCCUCCUCCUCAUCGGCUUCCUCUGCGUCGUGGUAUUGGACCUCUAA